AUGGUUAUAGCGAAAGACACAUGUUUUUUUGUUGGACGAAAUCCUGGUGUUUAUAACAGUUGGGAAGAAGCUCAUUUACAAGUUAAUAGAUAUAGCGGUGCUUCCCACAAAUCGUAUCAAACCAAGGAGGAAGCGGUGAGAGCUUUUAAUGCUUAUAGAGAGAAACAACAUGCUUCCUUCACCCCUAGAAGCCAAAAUAGUUCGAGCUCAAGUUCGGGAUCAACUUUAGCUGCCACUUCAAGUUCUAGUCAAAAAUUGAAGCAAAGCGAAGAACUGGCCAAGUUAAUAGAUGCUCAGUUACAUUUAGCUAAUGAGUAUCAUAAUAAUGCAUUAAAGAUUGCUGAGAUUUAUGAAGAUAUGAAGAAGAAAUUAGAUUCUCUUCAUGUUGAUGAUUAG